GUGGUUUUGUUUUUCAAUCGGCCAGAGCAAUUUAGUUGAACGCGGACGAGAUGAGCUACUCGUCAUGGCUUCGUCAAUCUCUGUCAUGGAAGAAGAAGAAAUCACAGGCAGCUACAGAUCCUACUAGUCACAAGGAAACUGCAGAAGUAGAAGCCCUUACAGAAGAUGAAGAGUUUGGAGUGACGGAGCAGUUGAAGAACUUCGUCAAAUCCUUCUCUGUAGAUACGUUCAAAAAUUUCCCUCUCCAAGAUGAUCAGGGAACUGUCAACAACAACGCCAGCGAUUCAGCAUCGACGACGUCCUCUAAUGUUCGGCAGGAUCUGUCAGAGUGGCAGGAGCGGCAUGCAAUCAUCGUUCUAUCCAGAGUCAAGGAAAUUUCACAACUAAGAUAUAUUGUCUGCCCUCGCCACUUGAAGGAGAGACAAUUUUGGAGAAUAUAUUUCAAGCUUGUCAAGGAUUAUGUAGCUCCAUAUGAGAUACGUGCAAUACAAAGGGCAAAACUCAAGAGGAUGGAGAUGGAGGAUGGGAAGUCAUUGAGCACGAGAGCAAAUGAAGUGGAGAUGGCAGAGGCAAAUCAAGUAAUGAAUGUGUCACCUCCUGCUUCUUUGGAUAAUGACUCAGAUGAGAUUCCAAGCUCUGGUGGUGUUCUGGAGAAGUGAGUUAUGAAGGAAAUCAUUUUGCAGAACAUAAGUCAUGAUGAAAUUUAUAUGACAAAUCUAUCUUUCAAUCCCUUGGGCUGGUUCCCCUGAUAGAUCUGUGACAUAUAUACCUCCAGACACUGUGAUUUUCCAAACUGACUCUGCAACUUACACUGGUUAAUUAGUUCUCCUUGCAAUUUUUCACUGAACAGCAUGAUCAGUUUGUACAUUGAAUGCAUGAGUACUUUAUAUCUCUCA